AUGUAUGGCGGUGCGGCCGCCCAGCCAGCGCCGCUGCCAGCCUCGCUUUCGGCGGCUGCGCGGCGGCUCAAGCGCUUCCGCUCUCUCCUCGGGUCGGAGGCGCAGCUGGCCAACCGCGAGCGAGCCUCGCUUGACAGCCUGCUGGCCUCCGCCUCGCAGCUGUCGCGGCAGGUCGCCAACCUGCAGCACGCACUCGAGGGCCUGGCCGUCGGCGCCGGCAGCGCCGGAGGGACGCACCCGGGCCCCGUGACUUGUCUGUGCGCCUCUCCCGAGCCGGCGGUCCCGCCGCUCACGCUACGCCGGCACCUCGUCUCCUUCGGCGCGCUGCUCACGGCGCUGCGGUGGCAGCCGACGGCGCUUGCGACCGCGCUCGGGGCGGGCGGCACGCCGCCCACGCUCGCCGCCCAGCUCGUGCUCUGCUUUCUGUACCGGCAGCUCUGGCGCCUCCGCCCUGCCCGCCUGCCGCUCUCCGCGUCGCCUCUUCUGGUGGCGGUCGCGUCGGGGUACAUGCGGCUGAUGGCCGGCGGCACCGACUGGCUGCAGGCCGUCCUCAGCCACGCUCUGCGCCGUGUCGCGGAGGGCCGAGGCACCGGGCUCGGUGAAGAGGCGGAGGCGCCGCGUUGGCCAUCAGCACGCGGGUCUUCAGAGGCGCCCGCAUCGGCGGCGGCGGCGGCGGCGGAGGCGGAGGCGGUGGUUCGUCGCGCUCUCGCGCUCGCGCAGGCCGCUCCGCCGGGCUUGUGCUCUUUGCUGGCGAGGCUGGAGCCGGCCGACGCCACUUGGCUACUCCUCGCGCAGCUCCUCGCCCCCGCCGUCGCCGCGCCGGAGGCCUUCGGGCUGGUCCUGCCGAUCGCGCUGACGGUGCGCGCGCGCGAGCGGUUGCGGGAAGUUGCGGAGGCGCUCGCCGCUGCCGCGGAAGAGAGCGGCGGCGGUGGCGGCGGCGGUGGCGGCGGCGGUGGCGGCGGCGGCGGCGGCGGCGGCGGCGGCGGCGGCGGCGGCGGCGGCGGCGGCGGCGGCGGUGGCGGCGGCGGUGGCGUCAACGGCGACGGCGCCUCCCUGCAGCGCCUCGUCUCGCUCUCUAGCAGCGAGGGCGGCGGGGCGGAGGAGGCGGCGGCGGCGGAGGCGAGGGGUGCCAUGGUGCGGGACUUGGCAUCCUUCUGUGUGGCCGAGGCGGCGCGUGCUGGGCGGGGCGCGGCGGGCGCUGGUGCUGGCGGCGGCGAGGGCGGCGAGGGCGGCGAGAGAUUCGAGGGCGGCGGCGACGCGGCCACGCUCAUGCGCGCCAGCCCUGUGCCUCCGGUGGAGCUGCCGCUGCCGCAUCUGCGUGCGCUCCUCUCCGCCGCCUCCGCCGCCUCCGCCGCCCGCCCAGGCUGGCUCCGCGCGCCAAAGCUGCCUCCGGGCAGCUACGACGGCGCCUCGUCCUCGGAAGAGGAAGGCGGCGGCGGGGCGGCGGCGGGCGAGGCGGAGGCGGAGGCGGACUGGGCGGCGCAGGCGCUGGAGGCGUCUCUCCCCGCGGCUGCGGUGGUGUCGGAGCUUGGAAUCACGUGGGGCGGCGAGGCUGUGGCGAUCGAGGCGCGCGGGAGGCCAGAGGCGGAAGAC